UCUUCGCAACUCAGCUUUACAUUUUUCUCAGUCUCUGCUCAGUUUGUUGAGAAGAGAAAAAAGCCACAGACUUGAAAGGAAUAGGGAGAGAGGCUGAUAGAAAGGAAAAAAACCUGGACUUACCAUCUACUCUAAAACUGUGUUAGUGUUUGGACCAGAUUGAAACAGGCACUGGGAGAGUGGCAGCCCUGCAGAGAGAGUGUGCAGUUUGUGUUAUUGCUCUUCAGUGAGAGUGGUUUAUCAGAGGAGGAGGCAGAGGAAGGGAGAGAGUUGCCUGUUGUCGUGGUCUCUCCCCUGAGUGGCUGAGGGGUGGCUCUUGGUGACAGGAAACGCAAGGCUUGCAAUGAGACCUGAGCGCUGAGUGGAGUAUGCUGCAGACGAUUUACGAGGGCGAGUCAAGUUUCUCCACAACAGAAGGGCGCGUUGGACACCAGCAGCCCCCCAACCAGAGCAAGAUGCACAACGUGAACAACUCAGUGGACAUUAAGUCAGAUGUGCCAUUGGCUGUGGAGCCCUUAUCUCCGUUGGACCUGCGUACAGAUCUAAGGAUGCUAGGGUCGGGCUCGGACCCGGGACUGUGGGAGAGGCAGUUGCAGCAGGAGCUGCUCCUCAUUCAAAAGCAGCAGCAGAUCCAGAAGCAGCUACUAAUCAGCGAGUUCCAGAAGCAGCAUGAGAAGUUGACCCGUCAGCACCAGGCUCAGCUCCAGGAGCACCUCAAGCUCCAGCACGAGCUCCAGGCCAUGAAACAGCAGCAGGAACUUGCAGAGAAGGAGCGUCGUCUGGAGCAGCAGCAGCAGAACCAGCAGGAGAAGGAGCAGGAGAGGCAUCGGAGGGAGCAGCAUGUUUCCAGCUUGAUCCUCAGGGGCAAGGAGCGCUCCCGGGAGAGUCUCACAGGUGCAGUGGCAAGUACAGAGGUAAAGCAGAAACUCCAAGAGUUUCUGCUGAGCAAAUCAGCAAAAGACACUGCCAGCAAUGGAGUCAAUCAUUCAUUUAUCCACCACCCAAAACUCUGGUACACGUCCUCUCAUCACACAUCACUGGACCAAAGCUCUCCACCUCUGGGCGGCACAUCCCCCACCUGCCAGUACACUCUGCCAUCACCCGUAGAGAGCAAGGACGACUUCCCCUUGAGGAAGACAGCCUCCGAGCCAAACCUGAAGGUACGAUCCAGACUGAAGCAAAAGGUAGCUGAGAGGAGGAGCAGCCCGAUGCUCAAGAGAAGAGAUGGAAACAUAAUGACUCCUUAUAAGAAGAGGGCUCUGGAGCUAAUGGACUCUACGCCCACUAACAGUGCCCCUGGCUCCGGCCCCAGCUCUCCCAUAGGGGCCUCCAGUGCCUUGGGGGCUGAAAAUGGACCCUCUUCUCUGCCUACUACUACAAAAACUGAGAGAUGGCCUUCACAGCCGAGAUUAUUCCGACCCGAGGGCUCUGUGUCAAUGCUGAGCCUAUACACAUCUCCUUCCUUACCCAACAUCUCCUUGGGGCUCUCCACUGCAUCCUCACCCAUUAGUGCCGCCAUGGGGUUGAAGGACAGAUCGACAGAAAUCAAGCAUGGGCUGCCUGGGCACCUGCUGGGCCCUGUGCCCCUUCAGACAGGCCUGGAGUCUAAAGUGAGCCCCAGUCACCAGGCCCUCCUCCAGCACCUCCUCCAGAAGGAGCAGAUGCGGCAGCAGAAGAUGCUCUCCUCUGGCCAAGGCACCAUGUCCUCCCACCCUCAGUCCCCUCUGGCCAUGAAGGAUCGGCCCUCCAGCAGUCGGCCCAAACUACCAAAACACCGGCCCUUAAACAGGACCCAGUCUGCACCGCUGCCUCAGAACACACUGGCCCAACUUGUCAUCCAGCAGCAACACCAGCACUUCCUGGAGAAACAGAAACAGUACCAGCAGCAGAUCCAUAUAAAUAAGCUGCUGUCCAAGUCCAUUGAGCAGUUACGUCAGCCCAGUGCACACCUGCAGGAGUCGGAGGAGGAGCAGGAGGAGCAGCAGCACAGAGAGCUGACAGAGAGCAUGCAGGAGGAUAGGCUGCCCCCUGGAGGAGUCAUCCGGAAGCACACGCUAAGCAGUAGCAGCAGCAGUGGCUCGAGUGGCGAGCUCCCCGACGCCCACUACGGGGUCAUCAAGGUCAAGGAGGAGCCGGCCGAUAGCGAAGAUGAGGGCCUGACCAAUCAGAGCUUAGAGUCAGAGCAGAGCACCUAUCUCCACCAGGUCAAAGGACGACUGGUGAUAAGAGCCAUGAUCUGAGAAGGGAAGAAGAUGAGAUCACACACUCACAACAUUCGCAGAUAAACAAGUCUCUACAAACAUCUACAUCCCUUCAGUUUACACACACACACACACACACACACACACACACACACACAGCAGCCAUUGCACAGUAGGCCAGCUCUCUCUGUCAUGACAUAUGACCCCUUUUCACUCAGCUGCAGCCGCACUCUAAGACUCUCUGUUUGUGCUCUUUGUGUAGUGAUCUCUGUAAAAUAUGUACGUUUCACUUUUGUGUAUAUAAUAAGAAGACAAUUUAGACCCUUCUUUUUGAGAGCUGCUUUGGCCGUCUGGAGUCCUCUCAGCUGACAAAAAAAGUUGUAUGUACAUAAACUUUGGAUUUAGCAUUAAAGAUGAUUUCUAGAGGGGAAGGUUGAACAGGUGUACAGCUUUGAAGAGCUGACUUGUGUUUCCGUUGUGUACAUUUUUUUGCCAUAAAAUAUUUGAAAGCUCUUCUAUCCACUUUGAGAAUUAUCAUGAAGUUUGUUAAAGAAUUUAAAACACUACAUGCUCCGCUGUUCUCAAAAAUCUGUGAUGAUGCGCCACGUUAAGUGGUGUCAGAACUGAAAUAAUAACGAACAUCUGUCUUAGAGAGAAUGUAUACUUAAAUCCUAACCGAGGACGCUCCCUUAGGGCAGACUUUUGCGCCAGGAGUGAUAUUGCCAUUGGAAUAUGGUCCGCUGCUCAUAUUGCAAUUUGAAGGAUAAAGCACUAAAUCCCUGCUUGGGUGUGCAGGCAUCUCCCAACACACCCCGAAGUCUCCAUGUCUCUCUUUCGGAGCGGUCCCAGAGCCAGGGCCCUGUGUUAAGCCGAGCUCUCCUCCCUCUCUCCCUCUGGGUCCAAAUCAAAGCUCGGCGGGUUCCUGCCCAGCUUUCAGCAGAGGAGUCAGACAGAGAGAAAGAGAGAGAGGGCCGGGCAGGAAAUGCCUUCUAGAAGCCAGGAGUUGGAGUGAUUCAUGUGUGCAGGAAUGUUGAGAGAGGAGGACCUAGGGUUGGAGGAGUCCAAGGGGCCAGGCUUGAGAAUUGAUUUACUGUCAAGGCGAAUUACAAAGUGAGUGGGGAUAUGGUUAAGGGAGUCCCUUUAAAAGGGAAUCGCUUCCUUCAUAUUCCCUUGUGGCAUGCUUACCUCAACAUGCAGGUCUGAUAUUACUUCAAUAAAAAAAAAAAAGCCCGGACGGGACCUUGCUUCUUUAUUUUUCUUUUUUCAAGCCUGUUUUCCCCUAAAAGUGCCCAUUGCGACAUGUAUAGUCUGUCUUAAAGUGAUCAAUCAAAUGUAAUGCAUAGCCGUAAACCUUCCUGUUUCAUUUGUACCGUCAACUAAAUGUAAAACAAAAAAAUGCUAGUAUGAGGUUCUGUGUUUGGAUUCAUGUGAAAAUCAAAACUGUCUGUCUUAUACUGUACAUUCAGACUGUCCGGUUUUAAUGUUUUUAGUGUAAGUAAACACAAUCAGAACAAUGUGAGUCUUGUUGUCUUGCUCCUUUGAUUUGUUUGUAACGAGAACCCCUUUGCUGCCAGUUGGGGGGGCGUGGAAGGGGGGUUGGGGAAUCCUGUGGUCUGUUCAUAGCAGUUUGCAUUUCUUCUCUUUCUUGCCUUGUGUGAUAAACCUUUCUUU